AUGGCCACACUCUUCCGCCUCUCCGCUCUCGCCUACCUCUCGCCGCCCUCAGCCGCCGCCACAGGCAUCCGCACACAGCCGGUCUCCGCCGUUGCUCGCUGGGAUCCGAGUGCCGACGCCGACGCAAGCGCGGCCCGGCAGCUCGAUAUUGAACCGCUCGACGCGAGCAAUGCCAGGCUGCUCGACGCGGUCCACCCUCGACGCUGGACGGACCCGUCGCCGCCCGAAGUGUACGACCUUGUCGUCAUUGGCGCGGGCGCGGGCGGGCUCGUGUCGGCCAAGCAGGCGGCGCGGCGCGGCGCUCGCUCCUGCCUGAUCUCGGAGGCGCUCGCUAGAGCACUAGCGCUGCUCCGUGCCGCGCGCGCCGUGAGGGAGGUGCGCCGAGCAGAGGAGUUUGGAGUGCGGCUCUCGGCGCCUCCGGCGGUCGACUUUGCGGCCUUCGAGAGCUGGCAGAAGCACGUGCCGGCGGUGAUGCAGAGGCUGAGGGCGAAGCGGGCGCAGAUCGCUCCCGCCGACUCGCACGAGGGCACCAACGCGGCGGGCGCCGACGUGUACCAAGGGCGAGGCCGCUUCACCGGCCGCAACACUGUCGAGGUGAACGGCAAGGUCCUCCGCUUCCGGAAGGCAGUCAUCGCAACAGGCGGCCGACAGACGGCGGCGCUGGCUGGCGUGACCGUGCGCUACAACGCGACUGUCGAGAGGGAGGGCUGGGCGCUGGAGUGCGACGCGCUGCUCGUGGCGACGGGCAGAGAGCCAAACACCGGCGGCUUGAGCUGCGGGGGCGGCGGAGGCGAGAUGUGCGAGAAGUGUCCACCGGACGUGUCCCGGCACGUCCCUGUCGACGAGCUCCUCGCGACCAGCAACCCGGACGUGUACGCGGCGGGCGACGUCGUCUCGGGCACGCCUCGUCUGACCCAUGUCGCCGGAGAGCACGCCAAGGUGGCCGUCGAGAAUGCGCUCUUUGGCGGCGCGUGGCGGCACACGUCGCUCGUCGUGCCCUCCGUGAUCUACACCGAGCCCGAGGCGCCGCGAGAUCGCCUCCAGAUCGCCGCCAAAUCGCCCGAAGAGUGA